UGGGACGCAGACGCACAUCGGCUCCACUUCGAGGCCCUCAUCGACGACUUGUCCGCCGCUCCCGAAGACUCAGUGGUGAUACUGCAGGCGUGCGCUCACAACCCAACCGGUGUGGACCCGACACCAGCGCAGUGGGCGGCGAUCGCCGACGUGAUGGCCGCCAGAAAGCUGUUCCCGUUCUUCGACUGCGCGUAUCAGGGCUUCGCUUCGGGCGAUGUGGACACCGAUGCCGUCGGCGUCCGGACGUUCGUCGAGCGCGGCUUUGAAUUGAUUUGCGCUCAAUCUUUCGCUAAGAACUUUGGCCUCUAUAACGAACGCAUCGGUAACUUAACGGUUGUGCUGAAGACGCCGUCGCCGGCGGUUAACGUGAGGUCACAGAUCACUCGUUUGGUGAGAGAAAACUACAGCAACCCUCCAGUCCAUGGCUCGCGUAUUGUGACCAAAGUUCUCAACGAUCCGCAACUCAGGCAUGAAUGGAGAGAAAGUAUUAAAUUAAUGCGCGAUCGCAUCGACGGUAUGCGGCGGGCGUUGAGCGCACACAUUGAACGGCUCGGGACGCCCGGCCAGUGGUCGCACAUCACCGAACAGAGCGGU